CUCCCGCCUCCGCACAUCAAUUACACGCACACACACACGCAGCGGGGGGUAACAGCAGCUCGUGCGUUUGCGUUCAUUGUUUUUCCACUCGCGUGCGUGCGUGCAUCUGGAUCUUUAAACGAGCGUGUGUUUGAGCAUCAGACGCCGGACGUGAAUCAGGGAUUUAGAGAGAGAGAAACCGCCCGUGCGUUUAACGCGCGUCUCCCUCGCGUCAAUCAUCACGCGACGCGCGUCGGAUCACCAGCGGCUGGGAACUUCAGGCGCAAACUCUCCCGAUAGUUUGAUCCGGGAGCCGCGGGUUCAGCAGCAGCAGCAGCAGAGGAAGAUGAUGAGGAUGAUGAUGUCCGCGGAAGAGGUUCUGAUCCCGGAUGACCGAGCCUUCAGCCGGUUCAGAGGCGAGUGUCAGUCCGAGGAGGGCUGGAGUGUCACCUACAACAGAAACAACAUCUGCGUGUGGAUCCAGAUGCUGCAGGAGGAGAAGAGCCUGCACAGGAUCAAGUGUCGGAUGCUGUGUAAGGACAUCCCAGCUGAGACCAUGUAUGACGUGCUCCACGACAUCGAGUAUCGGCGGAAAUGGGAUGUGAAUGUCAUCGAGACGUUUGACAUCGGCAAACUGACAGUCAACGCAGAUGUGGGCUAUUACUCCUGGAAAUGUCCUAAACCGCUGAAGAACCGUGAUGUCAUCACCCUGCGCUCCUGGCUGCCGAUGGGCAACGAUUACAUCAUCAUGAACUACUCCGUCAAACACGCUAAAUAUCCUCCUAAGAAGGACCUGGUGCGAGCCGUUUCCAUCCAGACGGGAUACCUGAUCCAACACACCGGCCCCACCAGCUGCACCUUAACAUACCUGGCACAGGUGGACCCGAGAGGUUCUCUUCCCAGGUGGGUUGUUAACAAGUCUUCCCAGCUCCUGGCGCCUAAAGCGAUGAAGCGCAUCAGUAAAGCGUGUCUUCGGUAUCCCGAGUGGAAGCAGAAGCACAGUCCGGGUUUUAAGCCGUGGUUGUUCCCGGAGCAGAACCCGCUGUCCAGCAUCCCGCUGUCCGAACUCUGCAUCCAACACGCCGACUCUCUGGAGAACAUCGACGAGAGCUCACUCAGCGAGAGCAAAGACGAGCGCGCCGAGCACAGCGACGACGAGGGGAACAACUGACACACACACACACACACACACACACACACACACACACACACACACACACACACACACGUCUGAGAGCGCUUCUGAGCUCCAUACCCUGUCAGAUCAGCACAUUUAACUGCUGCAGAUGAUUUUGAAUUAUGAUUAUGAUUUCUGACCUUAUGUAUGCAUGCAGUUUGUCUCCAGACACACAGAGGGCGCCGACGUU